GGCCAUGAUAACUUGCCUUUAUGGGUUAACAUUUCCAUUUCCUCCCCUAAACACUAACACGUUGAAUGUUUGCUACAGUCUCGAAUUCAUCUAACCAAAAUGAGCUAGUGUUUAGAAAGUAAUGUUCCCGCCCACACGCCACGCACGUUCCCUCCAUCGAGGUAACUUCAAACUUGCUGUUUUUAUUUUUUGGUGUGUAUUAAGCUUCCAAUUGCACACAUCCAGGUAUUGUCUUCAGCUAAAGAGGACGGCGUGCUGGAUGUCUUUAUUGCUUUCGUACUCCUAAGAACUGAACUGAUUUAUCAUAGCAGCACAAACGAUCUGGCGUCAUUUGGCUCUUUAAGAUUAGUGGGUGUUUACUACGGGAUCCUGUCAUGAUAUUGGUUGCCUCGAAACGACUAAUACAUGCAGACGCGGCUGAUUACUUUUCAACUGGAGAGAAGACAAAAGGCUCAAUUUAACACUUCGGAAAGAACAGCCUCCAAACUUCUUGCAAACUACUGUUGUGACUUGAAAAUAUUUUAUUGAACAAUUGAUCAAGUACACAUAAAAAAGCGCAAGGCAAAGAAGAUCAGAAAUACACCUUAGCCAGAGCGGGAAGCAAACUCGUCGUGGACCGCGCGCAUCUCACCAACUGAGAAAAUCAGCCUCCCAACAUUCAAAUUAAGUGGAAGAAUUUGAAGCGGAAGCGCAACAUCCCCGUCACUUUCACCGACGAUGCUACAGCACUGACAGCACAGAGAGAGCGAGCGAGGGCGAGAGAGAGAGAGAGAGUCCGCGCUGCGUCUCCCAGCUGCUGCUCCCGCCACCUCCCGUACUUAUCCCGUCCCAAAUAAACAGCAAAGAAGGAGACCUUUUAAACAAAACACAUUGUUUUUGUUUUCUCUCCCUCUCUGAACGAGCCUUCCCGAUGGAAGAUCCAAGUGUUCACAAGAGUUUUUGGGAGAGCGAUGCCAGCAGAGCUGUCCAGCAAUGUCUAACCAACAUUUUCACCAGCGUCUAUACAACCUGUGACAUUCCAGAAAAUGCCAUCUUCGGACCCUGCGUGCUGAGCCACACAUCCCUCUACGACAGCAUCGCUUUCAUUGCUCUGAAAUCAACCGACAAAAGAACCGUGCCCUAUAUCUUUCGGGUGGAUACUUCAGCAGCGAACAGCUCCUCCGAGGGCUUAAUGUGGCUCAGACUAGUCCAGUCGGCCAGGGAUAAAGAAGAACAAAAUCUGGAGGCAUAUGUGAAAAACGGCCAGUUGUUUUAUCGAUCUCUGAGGCGGAUUGACAAAGAUGAAGAAUUGCUUGUGUGGUAUGGGAAAGAACUGUUGGAGCUGUUACUUCUCAGCAACUUCCGGGCACAAGCCAAAAUAAAUGGAUCUUCGCCUUACACAUGCCUGGACUGCAGCCAGCGAUUUCAGUGCGAAUACCCCUUCCUAGCACAUUUGCGAUUCCGCUGUCAGAAGAAGCUGGGCUGCACUGCGACGGACGAGAACAUCAAGAUCAGCGGAGACCGUGAGCAUCAAACUGUUGACGGAUCAAGUGUUAAAUUCAGCCGAUCCGAGCGACUGUCGGCCUUUGCCAAUGUCGAAAAUACUAAAACCAUCACAGAUUUUCACAAUCUCGCCAGAGAUAUGGAAAAUCCGAGAGAGAAUGUGAGGAACCGUCGAGAAACUGAAAGCAUAAAUGAAAAUAAAAGAAAGUACGACGAGGCGGAAGAAAAGACUCACAAUAUACUCCACACUGCAAAACUGUCCGAGAGAACACUGUCCAUCCCAAGGGAAAAUCUUUCCUGUCCUUCCCAGCAGUUCAGAGGAGGUUACUUCAACCUGAGAGAAAAUGGAAGGCUAAUGGCACCAUCCAGCCCUGAGCCGGCAGACGCCAAGCGAAGCGCCUUCUUUGAGGUGAAACGAACUUCCCUGAAUCUUAAACAGAUCCCGAAAGACAGUGUUGCCGACAUAGACAACAAGAAUGGUGCAGGCCCCAUCAGCAGCUCUCCCGGGAAGCCGCUGGACAUCAAGUCUGUUCUGACUGAAACACAAGUCCCUUCCUGCCUGGACAACAUUGCCAUGGGCAGUGCGUUUCGGAGCGUCUCCCAACUUUGUGGCAGCGAGGAAAGGAAGAGUGCGUUUUCUCAACCAGCCAGGUCGUUUACCCAGCUCUCUCCACUCUUGGUGUCCCAGAAAGUGAUUCCGGGCUUGGAGUGUCAUCCUGCGGUCGGUGACUCUGCGAGGCUUUAUCCAGCCAAUGCUUUAACUGCAAAGCUCCAGAGCGCAGAGGUGAACGGCAAUUGUACCAUGCAAGGCGGCCUGGCUAAACAAAGCCCUUUCGUCUAUGCGACUGCCUUCUGGCCGAAGACUUCGGGGCCCAUUCAGCUGCAAGUACCAUCCGCACUGACCCUCCUUCCGCCCUCAUUCACAUCCUUUUGUUUACCCGCGCAGAACUGGUGUGCCAAAUGCAACGCUUCUUUUAGAAUGACAUCCGAUUUAGUGUACCACAUGAGAUCGCACCACAAAAAGGAGUACGCCAUGGAGCCGCUGGUGAAAAGACGAAGGGAGGAAAAGCUUAAAUGUCCCAUUUGCAAUGAAUCCUUUAGGGAACGUCACCACCUCUCCCGGCACAUGACCUCUCAUAACUGAACUGUAAGUGUAUGGCAGCUUAUCAUGUCUACUCGAGACAACUCAGAAACAAACUAAGGGAAGAGGAGAUUGUGAUGCACACAUUAUCACUUUACAUUGAACAUUUUGUACUUCCCCACAAAACAGUCAGUAUACAAAUGCGUUUUGUCAUAACUUCAUUUCAACAUAAAUGCGUUUCGCGCCUACGGAAGUUUGGAAGAGCGAUAUAUGAUAUUGUCAUAUUUAAGGGCAGAAUUUUAUUUUGGAUAUAAGAAAAGUGAGAGAAUGGAUUUCAGUUUAUUGACCUCAUUGAUACAUUCCAAUGUCAUUAAAAUAAUGAAGGCUGUACCAGCGCGAGCUGCAAACGCGGAAGGCUGGAAAAAGUGCAUGUCAGAACGGGAGAUUCAACACCAAAUACAGGCGGGAAAGUACCGAAUCUACAUUUCUCUUUUGUAAAUAUUUUCGUUUUAAAAAUCAAAUGUACUAUUUUGUGCCAGUGAUAAGAAGUCUCAAUAGUUAUUGUGUUUCUCACUCUUGGCGAAAUUUACGAAUCUUGAUAGUUUAUCUGGUCAUUUUGGCUGGCUUCAACAAUAAAUAGCUUUAUUUUUACUUGACCAAAUGUAUGCGUGUAUGUAGUUAUUCAA